CGUUGCUCCUAUUUGGUCGGAUGACACUCAUAGCCAUACAACGGAUAGCUUUCGUUUCAUUUCGUUUGUUUGGCUCGAUAGUGUCGGCUUGUAAAGGUAUCUUACAAUCUUUUUUUCGUUUUAAAACAACAACUCACACAAAAAGGAUAUUUCGGUUAAAAUCUAAUUCGAGUUUAAUUCAAUUCAAGUUAAUCCAUAAAAUCGUACAUAAAAUUAAUUGCGUAUUUAAUACUAUAACUAUUUAUUAAUUUCGACUAAAACAGGCGUGCUAAAUCCAAUAAUAACAAUACAAAAAAAAUAUAUUAUUAAGCUUUUUUUCAUAUAUUUUUUGGGCUUUGUCUGAAUGUACUGAAAGUUCAUAAAAAAAGUUUAAUUUGAAAAAAUCAAACAAGAGAGAACAAAAGCUGAGCUUAUAAAUCUAAAAGCUGACCGCUUUAAAUUUCUCUCAAAUUCUCUAAUUUUGUUGUUGUAAACAAUUCAUUACAAGAAUGAGUGAGAGCAAUGGAGAUAGCCCCGGCGGCUGUGGAAGCGGCGAUGGCAACAAUUCUCAACAUACCACCAACAGCUUGGAGAAAAGUUCUGAUUCCAUAGACGAUGUUAAGGACAACAAGAAGAAAUCAAGCCGACGCUGCAUGUUUGGAUGCACAGAUGGAUCGUCAACGCUUUGCCGCUUCCCCAUACACGAUGCUCAGAGAUGCCAAGAUUGGGUGGAUUUCUUUCAAGUCAGCGACGAGCACAUUCGCAAUAAUAGCUUAGUUAAUUUGCGUGUUUGUAUGAAACAUUUCAAGGAAAAAGUUACAAUGAUUAACGGUAAAGUAACUCGUCAUCCUUCUCAAGACAGUAUAAAUUCAAAUCAAUCAUCAAAAGGAACAAAGCGUUCAAGACAUAGUUCGACAAGUGGAUGGAAUGUUGACGCCAGCAGUAGAGCAUCAUCCGUUCAUAGUGACUGCACUUCAGAUUCUGAAACAAAAUCCAAGCGCAGCAGCAAUGACUCAUUGAAAAAGCUUCCGCUCGAAAUGAUAAACGGUGGCAAUCGUAAGCUUUUUGUUAUCACUCCUAGCGAUAGCAACGCAGUACCGGGACAGAAAAGUAAAAUGUUUUUGAUUCUCGAAAACGGCGAUGACAAUGACGACACAAAACGACACCAGAAAAUCACUCUUAUCGCUGACAAAUCAGAUGCUCAAACUGCUGAGAAAAUUGAACAACUUUUACCACAGCUUAUUGAGAAGAUUCAAAGUGCCAAUGAUGCUAAAUAUGCGGCUAAGGAUGCAGUUCUCCUGAUCGAUUCAGAGGAAGAAGAGGUAGGUGAUGAGGAGGAGGAGCAUGAGGAAGAGAAUGAAGCUUUUCAAUCAGAAGAAGCAAAGCAACAAGACACACCAGAUGAGCUCCCCAUCAAAAUACAACGUGUUGAAACACUAGCAAAACUUCAGCCUCCAUCAAAACCAUCACCAGCCCAAACUUCAGCUAAAGCCUCAACAAAACCCAAGACUAACGCUGUGAAUCUAUCACCAGAUUUUCUGUUCCUUAUGAAAAUGGUGCCGAAAUUGGAAGCUAUUGCAGAUCCUCUUAAGACACAUAUCAAAAACCGAAUUGAAAGUAUGUUGAAUGAACCGUUACAUGAGAUUACUUUCGAAGAUUCGUAUGAACCGAUUAUGAGUGCCACAACAACAACUGCUAACGGCCUAAGCAGAACGUGAUGCAUUGUCGGAGCUCGGUAGUAAUAUUUAGUUUAAGGUUUUUUUUGUAUGUCGAAUAAAGGAUUAUUUUUGUAAGUAUUGAAGAAGAAAAACAAGAAUCUUUC